GCCGAGUUUAACUGUUGUCUAAGGAGUGGAUAGGAAGGAAGGUGACAAUCAGCGACACAGAUCGUGGGGAUGGCUCUGGACUCUCAGCCUGGACCUUCAGCUGUUCCCGGUGCUCAGCCCUGCCUGCCAUUCAGAAACCAUGGGAGAGGCACACAACUACGCUUUAAUUUGGAUGUUACUACUCAUCCAUCAAAUCUGGCCACUCAGUUCUCAAACCCCCCUCCUAUCAUAAUUGAGAAGAUAUCAGGUCUUCAGAAUAAGUCUUUUGAGAAUGUAGCAUCUGAUGACUUGCUACGUAAUUCCGGCUCCUCAAAGUCUUUCUCUAUUAUAUCAGAAGAACGCUUGAACCUUGCUGUCUGGCUUGCAAAGCGAGAUUUAAAACAGAAGCGUUUACAGGAGAAAUUCGAGGGAAAACUGAAAUCUCGGCCAUCCAAACAGCAUUCUCCUCAAUUCAGAAGAGGGGUGAUCAUCAGCAGUCCUGGGAAGGCUAAUGCCAGGACCUUUGCCAAGGACAAGAAGCCCAACGGUUCAAUUAAGCAUGAAGUGACCAAGUCAGGUGCUGUAAUAUAUGUGUAUACACCAGACAGGAACAAGAGUAAUGUAGGGGUGUCAGACUCACCGCCUACCCACGAUCCGGGGCCUGGUACCAGCCCAAAAAUUGAAGUGGAACAAAAUGAACAAGAAGUAAGAUGUCUGCAGAAGGAACUGCAUUCUUGCAUGAGGAAAAUUGAAGAACUGGUUAAGAAAGAAAGUUAUAGAGAGACUUUGGAUCCUACAGAAGAAGCCAGGGGCCGAAUACGCCAGCAGGAACGAGCAGCCAGAUCUGCUAGAAUGCUUUAUGAUUUACAGCAUCAGGUAAAAGAGAUCCAGGAAGAUUUAGAAAAGUUAAGCCCGCACAAAAUAAAGCACACAAAGAAGUCCCGAACCGUGUCUAGAUUGGCAGCAGUUCACCGAGGAACCAUACGUGCUCUACAGAUGUUCAUCACUCAGCUGAAUGAACGUGGCGAGCAGCAGAUACCCUCUCUCUACAAAGAGCUUGGCCAUCUCAUCCGCCAGCUUUCCCUGUGUACUGCAAAGCUGGAGAAUGAAGGGGACCCGGCUGCCUCCAAAAUGAUCAUUUCAAUUCUCCAACAAGCUGAGAAUUUAGAUUUACUUCUUAAAGAUAAAAUAUCUUCUCAAGCAAGGAAGGUAUCCCCAAAUUCUGCAGCAGCUAGAUCACCGCACACCAGGAAGAGCACUAAUGAUACCAGAUCACCUACUAGAAGGGGCUGUGGUCCCCCACCUGUCCUCAAGCAGAAAUUGCCACCAGAGGAGAAUCAGAAACGUGUAAACAGGCGGCUUCUAGUUGAUGAACCCCCAGAGUCACUAAGUGCUGCCACACAAACUGAACCUGAACCAGGGACUGCACAAGAGACAUUGCCACAAGAAAGGCAAACAGUACUUCGGUCUGCUAUAGAAACAUUAAUUCAUUCUGGUCAUCUGAAUCGUGUGCCUAGGGGAGGGGCUGGACAGAACAGGAACAAGGGUAUUUUGAUUCGUCAAAGACCUCAGGGAAUCCGACUGCCUCGAAAGAUGGAGCCCUCUCGGCAUGCACACUUCCAGGAGAAAACUGUGGCAUUCAAGCUAAAGGAGAACCGUCCUGUCAUCAAAGAGAAGAGAACUCCAUGGGUGCCUCCGAACCCAACAUCCCCACCAGCCUCUCUAAAAAGAGUCAACUGGAACAGAGAAAAGAAAAGACUGGAUGACUCUCCAUCUCGAUUAUGCAAUGAAAUCGACUCACUGAAGGAAAAUGAAACUGAAAAGGAAGACGUGACAAAAGAAGCUUCAAGGAGGUUGGCUUGGUUUGAUUCUGAAAUGGCAAAAAGGGUGCAUCAGAUUGAUGAUCUAUACAGAAAAGCAAUAGCCGAUGCGCAGGAUCUUAGGGAAGAGGUUCAUGCAGUAAAGGAUCUGGUAGAUGACGAUUUUGCAAAAAGGAAUGCAUCAAGACAACAGCCCAAAAGCCAAAAGGACUCCUUUCCAGAAAAGCAGAGAGAUGAAAGUCUACGGGAACUAGAUUCAUUUGAUAGAAAUGAUUAUACCAACAUUCUCCCACAAGAGGAUAGCAACGUGGAGGCCAUGAUUGAGAGAAUAGAGGAAAUAGAAAAAUACCAAGAAUUGGUUUGUCAGCGGUUUCAGAAGAUAGUCUAUUCAGACCCAGAUUUUUGGGCACAAGAAGAAAAGGAACGAUUACAUACAAACACGGUCAAGAAUCCUAGCUCUCCCCAUCCCAUUAGGUUCACAAAGGCUACAGGGCAACGGACGCCUGUUGUGGAAAUUUUGCUGGAAAAGCCCGUAGAAGGAGAUUCACUCCAGAUAAACAAAGAAGAGUUAUCUCGCUCCUCUCCACACCAUUUUAUUCCACGUCCUGGAUCACAUGAUAAAGGGCUCAUACCUAUAUCUGUUCCUCAUCAAAUGCUACAAAGUAUUCAGAAUUAUACAGAAACAUUUGACCGGCAUCUUCGACUGACAUCUCAUGAGGAAGUGGGUGCAUUCAACCCAUGGUACAUUGCAGAGAGCUUGGCAGAAGAGAUCAUGAAUGACGCCUUGGGUGAGGUAGCAGCAGAGCUACAUGAAUUUUGUGAUGAUUACGCUGAAGCUGUCUUUACUUCAGAAUUUAUGGAACCUGCAGAAAACAACCACUAACAUUA